UUCUUUAUCCCUUCUAGAAGCAUUCUCCAAAUUCUCCGCAGGCGACUGCCCCAUCCUUGCAACCCCAUUCUAGCAAUAUCAUCAGAGUGUCAAGAAGUAUGCCCAAACUGGACAUGCUAUGUGCGAUGGACUGCGGUACAGACGAUUGCGUAGGGUUGCAGGUUGUCACAUGCUUUAGUUCGCUAUCUACUUGGGGAAGAAGUAACCCUGACCCUAGUGGCGGCUGGCUUCACGCUUGUCAAUGCCAUACGCUCGUCACCGAAUACCCCCAUCUUGCCAUCCAAUAACUAAGGAUACGCAUGGGCUGCAUAAUGGCCAAGUCAGUUGCUUCUUCCUGCUCCUGAAACUGAUAGGAGGGGUCGCUUGCGAUGCCCAUCGAAGCAGCCCUCGACAACCAAGAUGUGCAGUGUGGCCAUUGGAGCAAGUAUUGGGGCAAACCAAUCGGCAAGGGCGAAGAUUUGGAGAAGGUGACGCGAUACAGCUUUCGAGACCUUCAUGUUCCCCCCUCGUUCUGCCCCGGUCGUCGGCAGUAGUUGACCCCCACAGGCAAACCGGCAAGAUCCAGUUUCGCAAAAGAUUAUCGUCAGCCCGAACGCUGAAUUAUCAGCUACGUCUUUCCAGCCGAUAUCAUUGGACAAAAGCUUGCAUUCUGACCAAAGCGCUUUUGUUUAUGUUCACCAAUCACGGUAUUCCCGUUUCGGCAGACAGCUGCGACGAAGAUCACUGGCCUCCAACUUGCAGCACCUGACCUGUUGGUCUCGAUCAUACCCUACUAUCCCCAUAUACACUAUGGCGUCCCUGGAGCUUGGGUUCUGGCGUGGUCGUCUAUCGCGGAGCUCCACGAAGAACUAGGAGCGGCUUGUCGUCCCAUAAGGUUAUCGACCUGGCCUUCCCGUCAUUGUGGAUAGCUCAGGCAUCUGCUGACCUGCAAAAAUUUCUC